GAAGGAUCCUACACUACUAAAACCAUUCUUUCAUUCAUUCAGGACAUCAUCAAAACAAGCAGAAUGGGAUUUUACAAGUUUGCCCUGCUGGUGGUUUUCCUGUCAUACAUUGAGCGCUGCUUUUCUGCAUCCUGCGCUGUAGAGAGUUUUACAGUCAAGGACGACUUUGACCCCAAGAGGUAUGCAGGCAAAUGGUACGCUCAGCAGAAGAAAGACCCAGAGGGACUCUUCCUCCAGGACAACAUCUCUGCCGAAUACACAAUCGAUGAUGAUGGAACCAUGACUGCCUCGUCCAAGGGCCGAGUAACUCUUUUCGGAUUCUGGGUUGUGUGUGCUGACAUGGCUGCCCAGUACAGUGUGCCUGACCCUACCACUCCUGCCAAGAUGUUCAUGAACUACCAAGGCCUGGCAAGCUACCUGUCUAGCGGAGGUGACAACUACUGGGUCAUCGACACCGACUAUGACAACUAUGCCAUUACCUAUGCUUGCCGCACUCUGAAGGAUGAUGGCUCAUGUGAUGACGGAUAUUCCCUGGUCUUUUCACGUAACCCCCGUGGCCUGCCUCCAGCAAUCCAGCGUCUUGUGCGCCAGAAACAAGAUGAGAUCUGCAUGGCUGGUCAGUUCCAGCCUGUGCUGCAGUCUGGUGCUUGCUAAACUGUUUGAGGAAACAAAGAGGGAUUCCUUUAGCGUGCUGGCAUAAGAAGCGGAUUCUGGGGCCAUUCCAUUUCAGCGCUGUAGAGGUGCAUGUGUGCAUCAGGGAGCCUAAGAUCUUUGAAGUUAUCUCAAGGGAAUGUUGUAUUCUGUAAAGUGUCUAUGACAAUAAAUAUUUUUUAAACAAA